AUGGCAGCUUUCCAAGGCGCUCUCAUUCACUCGCUUGGUCCUAAUCAAGUCGAGAUCUUGGAGAAUGCGGGCCUUGUCAUUGGGGAGGACGGACUCAUCUCCGAACUCCAUCGCGACAUCUCCGCCGAAGAGCUAUCGAAGAAGCUGCCAAACAACGUUCGUCUUCAAAAGGUCGAAAAGGGCCAGUUCUUAUCGCCGGGGUUUAUCGACACGCAUAACCACGCUCCCCAGUGGGCUAUGCGUUCCCUCGGCCAGGGCCUUCACAUCCUCGACUGGCUCGAACAAGUCACAUUCCCGCACGAGGCACGAUUCUCGGAUCCCGUGUAUGCUGCCAAGGUCUACGAAAGCUGCGUCAGAGGGUUCCUCAAGCAGGGCAUCACGACCGCCUCUUACUACGGAUCGAAACACGCCGAAGCGACGCAGAUCCUGGCAGAUACAUGCAAGAGACUGCGGCAGAGGGCUUUCGUCGGCAAGUGUAACAUGGACCGCAACGCACCGAGCUACCUCCACGACGAUUCCGCAGAAUCAUCGCUGAGGGAAACGGUCGAGUGUGUAAAGCACAUCCGCCGAAUCGAUCCGACCGGCAAGCUUGUUCGCCCCGUCUUGACGCCACGCUUCGCUAUCUGUUGCACGCCGGACUUGCUAGCGGGACUGGGCAAGAUGGCAGACGAGGACCCCGAGUUGGCCAUCCAGACGCACUUCAACGAGGCCGAACAGGAGAUCAAUGCAACGCGGGAGCUGUUCCCAGAGUUCUCGAGCGAGGCAGACCUGUAUCAUCACUUCGGUCUCCUUACCAAGCGAUCGAUUCUGGCGCAUUGCACGUUCAUGACCGACUAUGAGAUGGACAGGAUUCGCGAGAACGAAUGUGGCGUUGCGCACUGCCCAAUAUCGAACAUGACCGUUGGCGGAGGCUUCAUGGCUGCCUCGAUACGCCAGUUCCUCGACAGAGGCAUCAAGGUCGGCCUCGGCACCGACAGCGGGGGCGGCUUCUCCUCGAGCAUGCUCGACAGCAUCCGUCAAGCCGUUAUAGCCUCGAACGCCCGAGAGGUGAUGUCGGGCGGAAAGGACAAGGCGCUGUCUCUGGACGAAGUCUUCUACCUGUCGACCCUGGGUGGUGCCAGUGUGUGUUGUCUCGAGGAUAAGAUUGGCAACUUUGCUGUGGGUAAAGAAUUCGACGCCAUCUGGGUGACGUGUCCGCUGGAUGAGACCUUCGGCGUCAUGACUGUGAGAGAGGAGAAGGACAGCUUGAGAACGCUCUUUGAGAAGUUUCUGAUGACUGGGGAUGAUCGCAACAUUGCUCGCGUCUAUGUGCAAGGCAAGCUCGUCAAGGAUGCGCUGACUGCGUAG